GAAGAGAUGAUGAUCAUGAUUCGAGUGUGAUGCCUGGUUUGCGUAGAACGUCAAACCUGUUCGCACUUCUCCUGCUAGGUUGACACAGCGUCGCCUGCACAGCAAGGGAGCGUCCUUGUUGGCACGCCCUAGCUGCACGCCCGGCCUUGGCAUUAAUCGACUGAGCAGUGGACGGAGCCCAUCGCUCUGCCCGGCUUAGCCAGUCUCGACCGAUCCUUGUACAGCCUUGCACGCGAGCAACAAGUUGCAACAGACCGUCAUGGUCACCAUCAUGCUGCUUCAAGCAGACUGGCUCGUCUUGCUACUGUCGACGCUCGUGCCCUGGUUUGUCGUUGGGCUCUAUUGCCAACGUGCUCGACUGGCCGUCGUAGCCCAUCUUUUGCCUCACAGGGCAAGCAUAGCUUGGCGUCCCUUAUCAGACGAUCCGGUUGAUGACGACAGUGGAGAGGCUGCAGCACAAGCCUAUGAUGCACACCAUGUGCCACAACAACCGGAGCACGACUUGUUUGAUAAGCAACUCGUUCUCGAAGCUGCCCCCCUGGCAGGACUCAUCUUGAUCGGUCUCUUGCUCGCAAUGUCGACUCACAUGACCGAGUUUGUCCCAGAGCUCAUGCAAGCCUUCUUGUUGAUCGCUGUCAUUGGCUUUCUAGCUCUUCAGAGAUUGCGCAAGGAUACUCGAGCAGCCCUGGAGAUGGCUCCACUGCUCGUGGUCGCCGCUACCUCGCUCACAGCUGCCUUGAUCUCAAUCAAACAUCUGCCCGCUGUCAUGCAAUGGCGACGCGUCUGGCCUGCCGUUGUCUGGGCUGCGCACGCUUAUGGUCACUAUGCCAUCGUUGCACAUUCUGCAGCGUUCCAGUCUGUCAAGAUUACUUGCUCCGGAGACAGGACUACGCCGCCGAAACGCUCCAUACCUCAAGUUGCGUUCUACACGCUCACUAUCACCCUUGGCGGUGUGUUGGUCCUAGGCAUCUUUCCGACAGGCAAUGUUCCUGUCCCCUGGUCUACCAUGGUGCCAGCUCUACCGCCCUUGGCUGGCUACGCCACGCAGGGUAUUACCAAUGACGGAUUCCAACGCUUGCUCGACACUGCAUGGAACGUCGCUCGGGUCGGCCUCAGCAUCUAUUUGCUCGGCAUCAUGCGCGAUCAGGGAACCUCCUACACAAUAUUCCUGGCCAGCUUCAUCGCUCUCUCGCUGCGUCUCGCGAAUCAGAUACCUGACCUGAUCUGCAAUUUCACAAAGGCGCCAAAGACGGAGCUCGCCCUUGGGUUUGUGACCGUGCUCAGCCUGGCCUUAUGGCUCAGACGGCAGCAUCGUGUUGCACCUGGCUCAGACUACGCAGCUCGCGUGGGAGUAUACAGCAACGGCAACGGGAAGACGCCUACGCCCACAUCGACAUAUAUGUCCGAUGAUGCGCUGCCAGACAGUGAUUCCAACGAAGGCUCAGGCAACAUCAGCCUCAACUCGACGCUCAAUGGAUCACCGUCCAGCCCCAAGAGGAGCAGAAGCGCGGGCGGUAGCAGGACAUCCUUCGAGAUCGAGACUGAAGAGCUGCAGAAGGAACUCGAUGCUGACCCAUACGGAUCGCUCUAUGGCUCUCUCAGUAACGCGCAGAAAUGGCCCAAGCAUCUUAAAUGGUUCGCUCUCAUGCUCAUCGGACCUCUUGUUCAGCUCGUUAUUCUCGGCCCUUCGAGCUGGAAAGUCAACACGCGAGGUAAUACUCACUGGAUGGUCGUCACUACCGUCAAUCUGCCCACGUCAACCAUGGAAGCUCUCUGUGCUCUAGACAACUGGGAGGUUGCAGUCGUGGCAGAUCUAAAAACGCCCCGCAGCUGGUCCUCUGGUCCAGCAUGCCAUUUCUUGUCGACCAAUUACCAAUCUCGCUUGCCAUUCAGAGUCGUGUCGCGCAUACCUUACAAAGCAUACACUCGCAAGUCAAUCGGGUACCUCUUCGCCAUCGCAAAUGGCGCCGAGCUCAUCCAAGACACCGAUGAUGACAAUUUGCCAAAUGAGGAGAUCGUUCUGCAAGAUCCUGACAGCCCAGAAUUUAUGACCGCAUUGCCUUCGGGCAACCUGGAGACGAGUCGGGUGAUCAAUCCAUAUGCUCACUUUGCACGCGGCGAUAUCUGGCCUCGUGGGUUCCCGCUUGAGGAAUACGAUCGCAAUGCGACGAUGCGCUACCUGAAGGCAUCCGAAGCUUCCGAGAACGUUCAAGGCAGAGCGCUCAUCCAGCAGGGCCUGGCCGAUCUUGAUCCCGACGUCGAUGCCAUCUUCCGCCUGCUCAACAGGGAAGACAUUGCUAAGGUUCGCUUCUGCAAGGCUGUGCCAUCGCUGAAGAUGGCUCGCGGUGCUUUGGCGCCCUUCAAUUCUCAAAACACGCUGUUCCAUCACGACGCCUUCUGGGGACUGCUGCUACCCAUCACUGUCACCUUUAGAGCGACCGAUAUCAUCCGAGGCUACUGGGCGCAACGACUGCUAUGGGAUGUCGGCGGCACCCUCGCUUUCCGUGAGCCUAGCGUAGACCAGAUUCGCAACGCUCACGACUACAUUCAAGACAUGACGAGCGAGGAGAAGCUGUAUACCCAAUCUGGCGAUCUGACUACGUUCUUGCAAGACUGGUCAGACUCGUCUCUAGAUCUGCCUACCCGCCUCUUGCAUCUCCUGCGAGCCAUGCAGUCCGAAAAGUUCAUCCGGGGCCCGGAUGUCGAGCUCGCAAAAGCUUGGGUUGCGGAUCUUCGCAGCAUCGGCUACGAGUUCCCAGAGAUCAAGCCUUGGAGCAAACGAUCCAUGCUGACAGAAGCAACAGCCAUCGAGCCAGCUGUGCUUAAGGACAAUGCCCAUCAUAUGCGUUGGCGCCGUUUCAAGUGCGACCCUCGCCGCCCACCAGUUCGCAAGGCCCUGCUCGUCGUCGUCUACAACUCUCCAUGGUACCAGCACAUGGAUGACUUCCUUGACAUGUAUGGCGACUUUUACGAGAAAGUGGUCUUCUAUGGUCAAAACAAGCCGGGUGCUGCCAAUCCUCGCGUCAUUCCCGCCAACAUCGAGGCCGGAGAAUUCGGUCAUGUCGCCUUCUUGGACGCUCUGAACGCAAACCCGGGCUACGACUAUUAUCACUGGACCAAUGACGACGUGGCUUUCAGUCCUUUUCUUAUGUCCACAUACGACCCCAAUUGGCUGAUAAUGUCACAUGACAUGAAUUGGGCUCAAGGCCAAGUAUACGACGGCAAUAAAGCCGAUCACAGCCCCUUGGAGAUAUACCACGGCUGGUGGGCUCUCGACCGCCCUGAUUUGAUCGAAAACUGGAUGCACGCCUUUAACGCCUCAUCAGAGCAGCAUAAAACCAACCUAAUAGACUCAUCGGCCGAACGACGCAUUACGAUUUACGGCGGUCAAAACGACUUUUUCUGGCUUCCUGGGCGUUUACGUCAGGAAUGGAUAGACAUCCUGACACCCUUUGCCAACCCGGAACGUCGUGUAUGGCACGAGAUGGUGCACGCCUCUGCGAUCCACAUGCUCGACGGAAGAGAACAUCGCAAACAAGUCGCCGACGGUCUCUCGCCAUGGAUGUGGGGCGGCGAACGGCAAGAGCUGGAUCGUUUCGUGACCCCAGAUCGACUUGUCAUCCAUCCGCUCAAGCUGAGCAUGGCUGGCAUGCAACAACGAUGGCAGAGCUACAUCAUGGACAGCGCAGAUCAUGUCUUUGGACCCUUGACGUACUAGAUCGCUCCGC